GGGUUCCGCAAAGACUGGGUCACAUUCAAGCAGAAGCUGCGCAAGCUCAUCAUGGAGCCAAAGAUAAGCAAAGCUCCCUGCACGGAGACCAGCGGAGGAUGUUAUCCCACAGUUUGCGCUCUCAUAGUAAGUCCCAUGGCCUCUAGCAUUAAAGCUUGCAUGCCAUUUCGCCGUUGUUCAUUUGUCAUCAAUUUGGCGAUGCUUUACAUGCUCGUGGCCAUAGCACUGCCUGGGCUAGUAGCUGAUGAAAUUUUGCCUGAAGCAAAUGCCCUCUCGUGCAGUGCGUGCCUUUGGACUGCCAAAGCCCUGCGGAGUGGCUUGGUGGAGAAGAUGCCAAGGCGUGUCAAGGCGAAGGACAGGCGGCGCCUCACUGAAGAGGCCUUCGAUGAGGGCAUUUGUGCUGCUCAGCGGUUCCCCACACAGUUGGUCCGCUUGGAUGCCAAGUUGGGGCACAUGAAGCUGGGCUACCAUGACUUUUCGGACGUUCGUGGUGACAAAAGAACCGCACUUACGAGCGAACACUUUCAACUCUUGGGGACGAGUGAUUCCUCAAAGGAGGCAGUUUCUUCGAUGUGCUUGAAGCUGACAAGGCGUAGACUCCGGCAUAGACCUGCAUAUUUUUGGAUUCCCUCCAGGAUUGUUUUGUUUUUCUUUCCAUGGGUCCAUGGGUUUGUGAUGGUCCUUGUGAACAGUUGAUCAUCAGCAGACGAACUCCCAAAGGUGUCAACAGUUAUUUUUUCAUAAGCUUGCUUUGGCCAGUGAGGGCCUUCCGAUCAGCUGUCGUCGACAAAGCUGAGGCACACAAGGCUCGGAUCUUUGGUGCCAUCACGGACCACUGGCUUUGUGUGCGACAAGCCCGUUUGUGCUCAGCGCAGGAGGUGCCUCCUGGAGGAGAUGAUGAGGAUGAGGAGGAAGACUUGUGACCAGUGAGGUCAGCUACACUUGUGACCAGCACUCAGUAGCUCUUGUCAAGGACAGUGCUGUCGAAAAUAGACACGCUGUGCCACCCCCCAUCUACCAUUGAAGUUUGAUGCUUCAUCAGGCUUCACAAGUUCAGCCUGAAAGCUUCGAUGUAGAGACACACUCCUUAAACUCAGGAGGUAUAUUAUCUCAGAAGUUGCAAGCGUCCAAAAAUACGUGGCAGUGGAUACAGGGCUGACCAGAAGAAGUGAAGGUAGGUAGCC